AUGCGCCCCGCGCCGCUGCUCGGGCUCCUGCUCUGGGCGCCGCUGCUCUGGGCGCCACCGCCGCCGGUGCGCGGCCUCCGACACGGCGUCCACUGGAACGGGAGCAACCCCAGGUUCCUGCGGGACGACUACACCAUCCAGGUGGCCAUCAAUGACUACCUGGACAUCUACUGCCCACACUACGAGGGGCCGGUGCCCGCCGGCCAGGCAGAGACCUUCACGCUGUUCAUGGUGGACCACGAGGGCUAUCGUAGCUGCUACGAGACCCCUGGGGCCUUCAAGCGCUGGGAGUGCAACCGGCCCUACGCGCCCUUCGGGCCUGUCCGCUUCUCAGAGAAGAUCCAGCGCUUCACGCCCUUCUCGCUCGGCUUCGAGUUCCAGCCUGGGGAGACCUACUACUACAUCUCUGUGCCCAGCCCCGAGAGCGCCGGGCGGUGCCUGAAGCUGCGAGUCUCCGUCUGCUGCAAGGCCACGACACUGAAGCCAGUGACGGAGGUUCCCAACUCUCAGCCUCGCGGGCGAGGGGGGCCGGAGAGUGUGGUGCCGCCUGGGCGUAGCACGGCCCCAGCCUCGCUCCAGCCUCACGCCCCGUGCCUGGCUCCCGUCCUCCUCGCCCUGCUCUGGAUCUGACCCCCUGGCGCCUGCGGUCAGCGGACGGCUCCUCCGCAAUACCAGACACUUGCAAACAUUCCUGUGACCCCACCGAGAGGCUGAGCCCGGCCCCCCUGGGCCAUGACUCACCUGCUGGACCCCAUGGAGCCCGGCCGGGGCCAGGAGCUCCUGGCGGGAAGGGACAUUGUUUCAUUGCCGACGUUCCCGAGCGCUGGCCCCGACGGCUGCCCUGCCCCGGCACUGGGCGCCUGCAGCUCCUGCGGUGCCUGCACUGCUCCUGGGGCUGCCACCUCAGCUCGUGCCUUCCCCUGCGGACGCCCUGCUCUGCGGGGCCCCGAUGGGACCUGCAAGCCCUGACGGACACCGACCAAAUCUUGUCCCUGAGGAUGGAGCCUGGCCCCAGCAGCCCUGCGCACCCUCACCUCGUCCUCCAGCGAGGACACUGAUCUGUCUUCCGCGAAGACGCUCCCCUCUUUGUGCUGUUUACCUGUUCGUACGGUUUGGUUUUGAUCCCUGUUAGUGACUGAUCCAAGCAAUAUAGAGUUUGCAAGAUGGCCUUGCCCCUGGGCCGUGCAGCCCCAGCCCUGGUGGGUGCCCUGGGGGGAGCAGGCACAGGGGGGUGUGCUGAGGGAUCACCACU